UUGAUCUGAGCGCACGAUAACUACCCGUGUCAUCUGCACUCGAGUCAUUCACCGUUGUUGUUCGUGUCACUGCGCAUAGCCUAGCGAAACUAAACUCGAUCAUGUCAGAUACUCGAUUUGACCGUCCAACAGACUCGCAAUCGCCUUCGAUCCCGUCAGACCGCCGGGACUCGCUGGAUGGGAACGAGAACGAGGAAUAUGAUGCGGACAGGUUGGACGACGAGAUUGAGGCUUUGGAGCGGUCUACAUUCGCCGGAGAAUCGGGAGGGUUGAUGGGUGAAGGUAUGAGUGGAUCUGGAAUCAACUCUCGCUCGCCGUAUCGCAUGACCACGUCGGAACGGAUGCGAGGAGUCGCCAACCGGAUCAUGUUUUCCCGGUACUAUAUCAUAUUCUACUUGGUCAUGACCGGACUCAGUCUGGGGACGGUCAUCCUGAGCUUGCUCGAAGGCGGAUGUCCUUCUACGACGUGGCACAUCUUGGAGAUCAUCGUCAAUGGUGGAAUGGUCUUGGAAGUCGGAACACGCUGGGUCGGAUUCGGCAAACAAUAUCCGUUGACCCCACUCAACGUGCUAGAUCUCUUCCUCACGGCGUUCUGUAUCAUCACCUUGAUCGUCGUCUUUCUCAACCCAUGUGGAGCCGGUUCGAAGCGUGAGGAGGUAUUGGACACACUCCUUCUGGUCGUUCGUAACGGAGUCCAGUUUUGGCGACUGGGCACAAUCCUCAACCGAUCCGGCCAUUCCCUUUUCCGACCUCCCAAGCCGAUCGACCUCUCCCAAGCUCGCGCCGGGGCGAUCGACCUGGACCUGGACGACGAGGAGGCGUACGCAGAGGGGCACAUGCGCGGAUCAAGGGGUGGAAAUGGCUAUUCCCAAGUCUCGACCGGGACGCCAGAAGGAUCGACGACCUUUUUCGACGCCGGUACCGAGUUGGAAGGACAGCAGCAGCAACCGGCGACGAGACAAGGGGUGUUUGGAACUGGGAAGGGUCAGGUAGGCUACGAGGCGGGAAGGGAUGGGUUGAGUGAGCGGGAUGAGGACCAAUGGGACCGUAUGGGAUGAGGUGUUAUCGGGGCAUGUUUUCGCUCUGCCUACUUAUAUCCCGAAUUAAAAUAUGUUGCCGUUCGAGAGCUGUGUUCGCCGACCUGCCGCAAUAGCGAGAAAAGGUCAAGCUUGAUUAAUCGCUAGACGGCUACUGGGUCAUGAUUUGCA